AUGACGAUGUCUAGAGAGCUCCAAGAGGCGAUAGAUGGCUUCUUCCUAGCAGCUGAAUACGGUCGCUCCGACGUCAUUAAAGCACUAGCUGAUCACAGUCGUGGUAGACUGUCAUUAGGCGAUGUGGUGGAUCCCGUGACCGGUCGCUCGCCUUUGCAUGUGGCUGUAGCAAACGGCAAGAAGGACGCACUUCGAGUUCUUUUAUCCAGUGGCUUUCCCCCGGAUCAUCAGAGCAAGAAAAAGCAACAGGAAGAUAAUAGAAACUUAUCUGCAUAUGGAUUAGCUCAAGAUCUACAGGCUCAGGAUUUAUUGUUGGUGUUCCACCAGUUUCUGAUCCAACAAGUAGCUGCCAACAAUGUUAAUAGUGUGAAUCAAUUGCUUGUAGCAGGAGUGGAUGUAAGCAUUACAGAUGCAACUACAGGAGGAUCAUUACUGCAUUGGGCGGUGUCAUGUCAAGCUGUGGACGUGAUGAAGGAUUUGUUGGAGAAAGAAGAUGUGAAGAAAUUGAAGCUAGUAGAUGCGCGCAAUAGAGAAGGUGCUACGCCGCUACACUUGGCUUGUCAUGCAAAUAACGUGGAGUGUGUAACGAUUCUACUGGCACAUCAUGCCGAUGUGAAUGUGAAAGGUGACGAGGGCUUUAGUAAGAAUAAAACGGCAUCUGAGCUGACCACGAAGCCGGAGAUUAUGGAAUUAUUCUCUCGACGAUGCGAGGAAUGUAGCAGCAAUGACACGAUAUCUCUCGUGGAUGAUGACAUUGGCAACAAAAGCAAUGUCAAAAAGAAUGAAGGGAAGUUCUGCUUAUCAGCAGCAGCUGCAUGUGAACAAGAAGGACCAAUGGCGUGCAUACACAAAAUCCAGAGUGGAAAACUAUUGUUGCAGCUUGAAGAGAAGGAUCUGCUAGUGAAUCAGCUAAAAACUACCAUUGAAACACUUGUGCAAGAAUUGCAGGAAGUCCAAAUGCUUGGGGAAGAGCGUGUGAUGCUGGAUUAUGUCCGAAAGCUGCGAGACGAGAAGAUGACUAUCCAAAGGCAGCUGGAGGACGCCGAUGACUACAUUAACGACCAACAGCAACAGUUGAACAGUUUGAAGGAGCAAAUACGGCAAAUGUCUACUGUCGGCAGUAAGUUUGAGACUGACCACGACAUUCUCUCUCAUACUAGUGACGGCACCACUAGUAGUAACGCAGGUUGCCCUCCCGAUAAUAUUGAGACGAAACUGGGCGUAUCUGGAUUGCAUCAACUUGAAAAGCACCUUGAUGAAGAGUAUACAGGGCCCACAAGGAAUUCUCAAGCAGAAGCGCUGAAGUUGGAUGCGUGGACGUCAACGGCGCAACGUAAGCAAACAACCUUUCAUCAAUACGCUCAAACGCAUGGUUCUGACACCUGGAGCGCUGUAUGGCACGAUAUCUGGACAGGAACUAGUCAGAUGACACAUGAUGAAGACGAAGAAAUCAUUAUGACGGUGUAG